AUGAAUGAACGUUUGUACAAAUGGAAUUGGGUAAUUGUCCAGGUUUGGCCCUCGGUGUCUCCCCCGAGACGCGUGGCCUGCACGGCCAGCAGCGGUCGCCGACUCGGGGGAGGCGGCAUGACCCUCGGUGUCACGCUGCACCACGGCGUCGCCGACGGGCGGUCGCUGUGGAGGACCAAGGUCUCAAAAUUUGUACGAUCGCACCGCCGUGCACCACAGGCGACGACGCCGUCGAUUCUGCAUGAAGACCGGCUGCGGUUCACCCGCUGGACGUUCACCGUGGACGCACAGCACAUCGAACGACUGAAGCAGCGCAUCGCGCGUGUCGGAGAAGAGUCCCAAGGCGCACCGCCCUUGCGUCGCCCGCCGUCCACCUUCGUGGCGGUCGUGGCGCUAGCCUGGACGUGCUUCGCGCGCUGCCGGCCUUUCCCCGCGGACGACGACGUGUUCCUCUUCUUCUUCGCCGACGUCCGCGACCGCCUGGACCGUCCCGCGGGCGCGGACUACUUCAGCGCGUGCAUCAGCCGGUGCCUCGCGAGGCUGCCGGCGCUGGCAGCCGCGGUGUCGGCGGCGCAGGGCGCGGUCCGCGAGGUGACGGAGGACCCUCUGGCCGGGUGGGAGUUCGCGACGACUCCCAGCGAGGUCCCGAUGGACCGGCUCAUGAACGUGUCCGGGUCGCCGGGCUUCAGGGUGUAUGAGGCCGCGGACUUCGGGUGGGGGAGGCCCCGGCGGACGGAGAACGUGAAGAUGAACCACGACGGGCAGGUGGCGCUGGUCCGCGCCAGGGACGGCGACGGGGUGCAGGUGUCGGUGUCCGCGCUCCGGCGGGCGCACAUGGACGCCUUCAAGUCUGAGUUCCUCAGCCUGCUGGCGUGA